CCCCGCCAAGCCAAUACCACCUGCGACCUCAAUUCCGUCGACCAGCCAGAGAACACCAUGCAAGCACCAGAUGAGGGCCUUUCACUUGUGCUCAUCGCUCUCGGUCGGGGCACUCAAAACUAUACCUGCGCCAACGAAACUGCGGCACCAGCAGCCAUCGGCGCUCUCGCACAACUCUUCAACGGCUCUUGCGCCGUUGCAAACAACGAACUGGGGUCAAUUGCAGAAGACGCCGCGGCCAUCGGGAUGCAUUUCUUUGUCGAUAACACAACUCCCGACUUCGAUAUUAUCGGCUUGGGUAACACUGAGCUGAAAAGGGUUGAAACAGCAGCGGCGCCGGCCGCUACUGACGUGCCCUGGCUGAGGCUCGAGGCUCAAGAAGCAGGCACCACAAGCCCGGUUAAAGAAAUUUAUCGGUUGAAUACACAGGGCGGUGUUGCCCCGUCAAGCUGUACGGGCCAAACUGCUGGAGGAGUGGUCACUGUUGACUAUGAGGCACAAUACUGGGUGUAUGCC